GGCGUUCUACACUGAAUUCAUCAUGAACUUUUUCCAAAUCCUCAUGAAGAAGAAGGAAAUCAUUCCCUUGUUGUUGUUCGUUUCUGCUGGGGGGUGUGGAGCUGUGUUCAUCGCUCUCUACUCCCUUAAGAAGUCCGAUGUGAUCAUUGAUCGAACAAGAAACCCAGAGCCUUGGGAAUAUGUGGAUCCUAAUGUGCCUGCAAAGCUUCUAACAAUUAACCAAGAGUGGAAGCCCAUUGAAGAGUUGCAGAAGGUUCGAAGGGCAACCCGAUGAGCAGCCCUCUCAAGAGCACUCUCUAGAUCCAGGGAAACGUUUCAUCGCAGACUUGAGUACGGAGACCAGUGUAUGGAAAUGCUUCUGCUACAGUUUUAGGGCUAGACUCCAUAUUCAGACUCAUAUAAGUAAAAGGAAGAAAAGAUAGU